GAGCAUAUUAAAGAAGAGGGGAAUCUUACCAAUACAAUCUUGACAGAGUGGUAUCAGUCGAGGUAUCCUUCGUAUUGUCGCUGGAGAGGUGCUUGACAAGUUUAUUUCGCCGUCUUUCUGUAGAACGCUGAACCACUUUUAAGGUUUCAAUGACUCAUGAUAAGUAUCUCCGUGACCGAAGCACAUUUCAUCUCUUUGCUGAUGGCAUACAGCAAAAUCAUCCAGUUCUUCACAAAGCCGAGAAUAAAUCUUGCAACAAUGGCCUCUUUCGAUAAACGCGCCCAGUCUCUUCGCCGGCGAUUUGAGCAAGAUAACCGGCCACUCCCAAAGCUUACACUAGGGGCCAUCAACAGGGAUGGCUCAUUUCACUAUACUCAGGCUUUUGGGGAUGAAGUUGGCAAACCUGACGGCACCGAUUCUGUGUAUUGGCUCGCCUCUGCCACCAAGCUCAUCACUACCAUCGCUGUAAUGCAGUGCGUCUAGAAGAGACAGUUAGACUUGAAUGGCGACAUAGCAAAAGUGAUACCAGAGUUCAAGAAUCCACAGAUCUUGAAGGGCUUUGAUGAAAAGAAUGAAGCUAUUUUCAAGCCCUCCACAAAGCCUGUUACCCUUCGGAACCUGUUAACUCACUCCAGCGGCAUUGCCUAUGUAUUCAUGAAUCCACUUUUGACUCGCUACCAAGAGUUGCAAAAAACUCCAACUUUCGCCAAUCGAUCCAUCGCAGAGAAGUUUCCCCACCAAUUUCUUGUGUUCGAACCCGGUGAGCGAUGGAUGUAUUCCCCUGGCCUUGACUGGGCUGGCCUCGCUGUCGAGCGAGUUACCUCCAUGAAGCUUGGCGAGUAUAUGAAACGCUAUAUCUUUGACGUCGUUUCUGCGAAGGAUGCCACCUUCCACCCCGAACUGCGAGAAGAUCUACAAGCUCGAAAGGCCAGAAACUGGGAGCGAGAGGGCCAAACCCUGAAAGAGCAGAUGAAGCCAGUUUAUGCAGAGAAUACUUUGGAUGAUUUCGGAGGGGGUGGAUUAUUUGCAACUGUGAACGAUCUGCUCAAGAUAUACCAGGGCAUCCUGACAGAGAAGCUACUGCGGCCUGAGACUAUUAAGGAGAUGUUCCAGCCUCAUCUAGAAAAUAUCGGGGGCCUCGAUAAGCCAGAGGAAUACUCUUUGUCGACCCGCAAUGCCAUCUAGAAUACCGUCCCAAAUGACGUCCCUGUUAACUUUGGGAUUGGUGGUCUGAUAAAUACAGCUGCGGUGCCGAAACGACGUGGAGUAAACUCGCUUACCUGGUCGGGUCAUGCAAAUUGCUACUGGUGGAUCGACCUUAAUAAUGGUGUCGCCGGAGUAUACCUUUCCCAGCUUUUACCAACCGGAGAUGAGAAGGCUAUCGAGCUCCUGACAGAGUUUGAGGAAUUCGUAUACUCGAAUUCGGAUAAGUCUGGAUUGUGAGAUCAAGUGGAAAAGCACAUCUCGUACUGAGGAGAAUGCGGGUGAACCUAUUAUUAAAUCUCAGUAUUCACUUUUUGAUCCAACCUUGUUGUCUACAUCUUAUGAGUUCUUCAUGUUCGAUCUUAUGUAUCAUCCAAUGUUUCUGGCAACGCUUUCAACACUCCCCGGAGUCCAUUUGUAUAUCGGCACAGCCGUAACACAUCUAAUUGGCACACAACUCCUCGAAAUCUUAAGUCAGAAUUUAAUGUCUAACGUUGUCAAAGCCCA